AUGGGAAGCAAUUGUUCAUAAAAUUACUAAGUUUCAGAAAGAAGUACAAUGAACAAAUAAGAUUCAUUUUUUUAGAAUGACUAAAUUGCCAAACCUUAAAUAGAUAGCAUAAUUGGUGGAAGCUAAUUGACAUAAAUUGAAAUCCCUAAUGCUCAAUUGAGAUCCCCCACAAAACCUAGCAUAUCAAAACAUAAUGAAAUUAAAUCUUUAGUUAGAGUUCCAUCCGAAGAAAGCUUAUUUUAAAAAGAAUUCUGUAUAAUUAUAGAAGGUAAACAAUAACAUCAUUCAAAGUUGUUAAAAACGAUUCAACCUAAACUCUAAAUCAAUUUGCUAUCUUAAAAACUAAGAAUACAUCGAUAAAAUUAAUAAUAAAGUCCAAAAUUCUAAUCAUCUGUUCAUUAAAAAAAGUUAUAAACUUAAAGCAAUUCUCAUUCUCCUCUAUAAUAUUAGCAUGCCACAUAAGAAAAUUAAAAGAAAAGGAGAGAAUCCCUAAAAAAUAUGCAUAGGUAUAAUGAAAAAAUAGCACCAAAAAGAAAAUUUUCUGAUUUGCCUGAAAAAAAAGAUAAAAUUUAAUAAGUUAGAAGAAAAAUAAGCGAUAUCUGUGAUGAUCAUGCAUACAUAAUUGGAUUAGAAAGCCCUACUAAAUUUAGAUCAUUUACUCCAAACUCAAUUUUAAAACGAAAAGAAUCAGAAAUUGAAACAAAUACUCCUUAAAAAAAGUAAGUGAGAUUCAAAGACUAAAGAUAAAAUAAUCUAAUUUGUACCUGAU